CAUUCUCACAACCUCCAGACGUACCAGUCAGUUGCGCCUCUGCUCUCUCAACUUUUUUGGGGGGGAACUGAUUGCAACUCCGCAGCAACUCUCACUUUUUAUUCCCUGGCAGCGGAGGGAUGUUCCCUGGAAGGAGGUUACACCCCAGCUGAACACUUUUACCUUAGGAAGUUCAUGAGUCAGGCUGCUUGUCGGAGAGUUUGUGAAUGGGGAGCACUUGGGGAGACUUUACGCAUCGAGUUGAGUGACGCACGGUACGAUGAUUUAAAAGAAAACUCUAAAUCUUAAUAUUCCUGCAUUUUCUUCAAUGGAGAUUUUGACUGAUCGUCUUUCUUGAAAGACACUUUGGUGAACUUCUGCUGCUGAUUUUGGCUCCCAUCACUUUUUUUUUUCUUUUUUUAAAUACCAAACCCAAACGGCCUCUCUUGACCUUUUUCGGGAUCCUUACUCCCACAGCAUCUACUUUCACCCCGUGGAUUUUCAAUUAACUUCGGUUUGGAAGUAAUUUGAGUGGAUAACAUGCCUCCGAUCGGACCGGAGAAGCGUGCUGUGCUCUGCCGGGCUUGGGCUCUGUUUUGUGCGCUGCUGGUGUGCGCUGCUUCGGUGACUGGAUGCCCACACAAGUGCAGCUGCUCCGGGUCGCAUGUGGACUGCCAGGGUCUGGGUCUGAAGACUGUGCCUAAAGGAAUACCGAGGAAUGCCGAGCGUCUGGAUUUGAACAGAAACAACAUCACCAGAGUCACUAAAGUGGACUUCUCCGGCCUCAAGAACCUCAGGAUUCUGCAUCUGGAGGACAACCAAAUCAGUGUCGUGGAAAGAGGAGCCUUCCAAGACCUCAGACUGCUAGAAAGACUUCGCCUGAACAGAAACAAACUCCAGUUCCUCCCAGAGCUUCUCUUCCAGUCCAACCCCAAACUCGGACGACUAGACCUCAGCGAGAACCAGAUCCAGGCGGUUCCACGGAAAGCUUUCAGAGGAAUUACAAAUGUCAAGAACCUGCAACUGGACAGCAACCACAUCAGCUGCAUCGAAGAUGGAGCUUUCCGAGCGCUGCGCGAUCUGGAGAUUCUCACUCUCAACAACAACAACAUCACCCUCAUCCCCCUCUCCAGCUUCAACCACAUGCCCAAGCUGCGGACUCUGCGUCUGCACUCCAACAAUCUCCACUGCGACUGUCACCUGUCCUGGCUCUCUGAUUGGCUCAGAGCCAGACGGGGCUUGGCUCCCUUCACCCAAUGCAUGGCCCCCGCCAACAUGAGGGGCCUCAACGUCCCAGAUGUGCUGAAGAAGGAUUUCAUCUGCAAUGGUCCAGCACAGACAGAGCUGAGGACUUGUGUUCCUCAGGUAGCCGUGUGUCCUCCCAGCUGCACCUGUAACAACAACAUAGUGGACUGUCGACGUAAAGGCCUCACUGAAAUACCAGCCAACCUCCCAGAAGGCAUCGUGGAGAUUCGCUUGGAGCAGAACUUGAUUAAAAGUGUCCCAGCAGGAGCCUUUUCUACGUACAAGAAGCUCAAGAGGAUUGACUUGAGCAAGAACCAGAUUUCUGAUAUUGCUGCAGAUGCUUUCAGUGGCCUCCGCUCCCUCAUCUCUCUGGUGUUGUACGGAAACAAGAUCACAGAGCUGCCCAAGGGAUUGUUUGAUGGACUGGCUGCCCUACAGCUACUGCUGCUAAAUGCCAACAAAAUUAACUGUUUGAGAGUCAACACCUUCCAAGAUCUGCAGAACCUCAAUCUGUUGUCGCUGUACGACAACAAGCUGCAAACCAUCAGCAAAGGACUGUUCGCCCCUCUGCGCUCCAUCAAGACUCUUCAUCUGGCCCAGAAUCCCUUUAUGUGUGACUGUCACCUGAAGUGGCUGGCAGACUACCUGUUUGACAACCCAAUUGAGACCAGUGGAGCACGCUGCAGCCAUCCCAGGAGGCUGGCUAACAAGCGCAUCAGCCAGGUUAAAGGAAAGAAGUUCAGGUGCACAGGUCAGGAGGACUACCGUAGUCGUCUGAGUGGGGAUUGUUUCCAAGAUCUGGUUUGUCCUGAGAAAUGUCGCUGUGAAGGCACCGUGGUCGACUGCUCCAAUCUCAAACUGACCCGCUUACCUCCACACAUCCCUGAACACACCACAGACCUGCGGUUGAACGACAAUGAGAUUGCCAUACUGGAGGCUGCAGGGACGUUUAAGAAGCUGCCAAACUUGAAGAAGAUCAACCUGAGUAACAACAAGCUGAGAGAUAUCCGUGAAGGUGCGUUUGAUGGAGCGGAUGGAGUUUUGGAGCUGCUGCUGACGGGGAACAAGCUAACUGGACUGCAGGGACACAUGUUCAAAGGACUCAGCGGCCUGAAAACUCUAAUGCUGCGAAGCAACCAGAUCAGCUGCAUUGACAACAGUACAUUCACUGGUCUGAGCUCGGUGCGUCUGCUGUCCCUGUACGACAACAGGAUCUCCAGCAUCGCUCCUGGAGCCUUCUCCACCCUCCACUCCCUGUCCACCAUUAACCUCCUGUCCAACCCGUAUGUGUGUGAUUGUCAUCUGGCCUGGCUGGGGCAGUGGCUGAAGAAGACGAGGGUGGUCAGUGGAAACCCUCGCUGUCAAAAGCCUGCCUUCCUGAAGGAGAUCCCCAUCCAGGAUGUGGCCAACCCAGACUUCACAUGUGACGGUGUUGAGGAUAACGGCUGUCUUCCUACGUCUGGCUGUCCUGACGUCUGCACGUGCACAGACAGCGUUGUGCGAUGCAGCAACCGAGGGCUGCACUCUCUGCCCAAGGGCAUUCCCAAGGACACCACGGAGCUAUACCUGGAAGGUAAUAUGCUGACAUCUGUGCCCAAGGAGCUGGCAGGCCUGAAGCAGCUGUCACUGGUGGACCUGAGCAACAACAGCAUCAGCACGUUGGCCUCGUUCACCUUCAACAACAUGACUCAACUAGCCACACUCAUCCUGAGUUAUAACCAGAUUCGCUGCAUCCCGGUGCACGCUUUCGACGGGCUGAAGUCCCUUCGCCUGCUGACUCUCCAUGGUAACGACCUUUCAACAAUACCAGAAGGCGCUUUCAACCACCUCACCUCUCUUUCCCACCUUGCUCUUGGUGCCAACCCCCUGUACUGUAACUGUGACCUGCGCUGGCUCUCUCAGUGGGUCAAGGCUGGCUUCAAAGAGCCUGGCAUUGCUCGUUGUACGGGACCUCCUGACAUGACUGACAGGCUACUGCUCACCACCCCACUCAACAGAUUCCAGUGUAAAGGUCCGGUAGACAUCAGUCUGAUGUCUAAGUGCGCCCCCUGCCUGGCAGCACCCUGCCAAAACAAUGGUACCUGUAACUCCGACGCUACUGGAUCCUACAGCUGCUCCUGUCCAUAUGGAUUCAAGGGUCACAACUGCGAAAUACCCAUCAAUGCCUGUAUUAGUUUCCCCUGCUCUAAUGGAGGAACCUGCCACAUCCAGCCGGGCCUCGAAGACCACUUCAGCUGCGUGUGUCCACCAGGUUUUGAGGGCAAGCGUUGUGAGAUAAACCCAGACGACUGUGAGGACAACGACUGUGAGAACAACUCCACCUGCAUCGACGGGGUCAACAACUACACUUGCGUCUGUCCCCCCAACUACACAGGUGACCUGUGUGACGAAGUGGUUGAACCUUGUCUCCAUGGCUUCGACCCCUGUCAGCACGACUCAAAAUGCGUCCAUGUCGGCCGUACUUACAGGUGCGAGUGUUUACCGGGCUAUGUGGGCCGACACUGCGAGCAGGACUAUAAUGACUGUCUGGAGAAUAAGUGUCAACACGGAGCGGAGUGCGUGGAUGCUGUUAACGGCUAUACCUGCGUCUGUAAGGAGGGAUUCAGCGGGCUUUUCUGUGAAAACCCUCCUCCAAUGAUCCUGCUUCAGACCAGCCCCUGUGACCAAUCAGAUUGCCAGAACGGCGCCCAGUGCCUGGUGGUUGCUGGGGAGCCCGUCUGCCGCUGCAUGCCCGGUUUCUACGGCAGCAAAUGUGACAAGAUGGCCACUGUUCACUUCCUGGGUCGGGAUGGCUAUGUGGAGCUGCCAAGCGCGAAGCUCCGUCCCACCGCGCAUAUUUCAUUACAGGUGGCUACGGAUAAAGACAACGGUAUUUUGUUGUAUAAAGAAGACCACGACCCCCUGGCUCUGGAGCUGUACCAGGGACACAUACGACUCAUCUACGACAUCGCCACCUACCCACCCACCACUGUUUACAGUGUGGAGACGGUGAAUGACGGGCUUUUCCACACGGUUGAGCUGCUGAUUCAGAACCGUUCAUUGAGCCUGGUGGUGGAUAACGGUGCUCCCAAGAGCCUCGGCAAGCUAGCACGCCAGCCCUCCGUCGACCACAACACCCAACUUUACAUAGGAGGGGUACCCUCUCAGGUGGUGGCCUCAGGUUUACGACCCGGCCCUGAACGUUCCCCUCAGACUUUUAAUGGUUGCAUCCACAAUGUCCGAAUCAAUGGGGAGCCUCAAGACCUGAGUUACCGAGGUACAGGAGGAGCGCGCCCACAAGGGGUCGAGCCAAAGAGUGAAGGCAUUCUCGCAGGGUGCCAUUCCUGCAGUGUAUGCGCCCAGGGUGCAUGCAGGGAGGGAGGAGAGACGGGGGUAACAUGUGAUUGUCCUCCAGGACGCAGCGGGGCCCUAUGUGACCAGACGACGGCACCAAGUGCCUGUCAAAACAGCAGAUGUGUUCAGGGUCUUUGUGUGCCAAAGGGUCAGUCCUACAGCUGCCAGUGCAGUGAAGGCUACCAGGGUCAGUACUGUGAUCGACGGCAGGAGCCUGCGGCCUGCAGGGGGCAGCGCUGUGGACACGGGGAGUGUCACGUGUCCGAGGGAGGACAACCCAUCUGCCACUGUCAGCCGGGGUACACAGGUCCAAACUGUGACACAGAGCUUACAUGUCAAGGAGAGAUGGUCAGAGAGCAGCUGAAGCGCUACCACCCCAUGAAAACAUGCACGUCCACCACCAAGAUUCCCCGCAUGGAUUGUCCCCGAACCUGCCAGGCAGCUGCACCCUCAGGUGUUUGCUGUGGCGUCACAAAGAGUAGAAGAAGAAAGGCGGUUUUCAGAUGCACCGACGGCACCUCGUACUCUGAGGAGAUGGAAACUGCUCUGGAGUGCGGCUGCUCCAAGUGCCCGUUGUAACACCACCAUUUGUUCGUUUGAUUGGUAACAUCCACCGCUGCCUUUUUGUGAAUUCUACAAGCCACCGUGACUGUCGCUCUGAGAUUCUUUCCCGUUGAUGAACUCCACCAAUAUGUGAUAUUUUUUUUACACAUUCAGUUUGACCGCCACCGACAGAAACCACAAACGAAACAAAAAUGGGACAUGUGUGCGUGUUUUUUGACAGAGAGAAAAUAUAUUGUAAGAUAUAAGUGAGAAAAAACAUAGAACUUAUUUUUAUUAUGGAUUUUUUUUUCUAAACGAUGAUGAAAGGACUGAUAAGUUGUGUGUUUCUUUUAAUACGUUGAUUAUAUAAUGUGUUACAUAGUAUGGAAAGUUAUUUUGUACCUUGUAAUGAGAAAAAAUACACAACAAAAUAGAUUAACAUUCCUUAAAAGUAUAUGAAUUUGUAUGUAUGUAUAAAUCUAUAUAAAUAUAUACCCUAACCCGAUGAAUUCUAUAUUUUCAAAGUGUAUUUGCAUGAUGUUAAUGUGAGUGCUGAUAGCUUUGGACACUGAGAGAGGAGAACCGAGAGAGAAGAGCUCCUUUGAUGUCACACCAAGGAGGUGUGUGUGAAGAAAUCUGUCUGUUUCUCUUCCUUUUGGAGGGAAAGGGGAAAGCUGUAUGUGCCUAGCUAACCUGCUUCAUUAUAUAAUGGACAUCAUCCUCACAUGCGAGUUCAUUGAGAAACCAUAAAAGACUCUUUCUGCAGAGAUGAUCUAACACAUUUAUCGAAUGUUGUGUCCUUCUGUUUGCUGUUGUACUUGGAGCCACGUGAGGUUUGACAUGAAAAUCUGAAAGAUAUUAAAUAUUAAACUUUAUAAGUGAGAAAUUCACGUUAAAAUCAACAACAGGAAAACCCUACACCAUCGUGAUGAAUCUAAUCAUGGCUGCAGAUAACAAGGAAAUUCAUGAGCAGUUAUGAGGGCUCAUAGCAUAGUCGGAAGUCGAAAGAUCAAAACACCUAUUUUUAAAGAGAGUAAUUUGAUGCUGUGCUGGAAAUAAUUGUUCCCCUGUCUCCUGUGGAUGAACGCUUUUAGUGUGAAUCACUGAUGAGUGUAGCUGUUUGUGUUCUCAAGUUUGCUCUGUGAUGUCACGGUGCACUGACACACCCUGAAGUGCGUUUCUACAUCACUGCAGUAAGGUGAGAUUUCAAACCACUGGAGCAAAACUAGAUUUUGAGCUGGUUUAUGUUCCCCUUUAAAUGGCUGCCUUACAUGAGUUCUGAGGAAAGCAAGUUUAAUAAAGUCAUUAUCCCAAAGUCAAAAAUAUUUGCCUUAACAGAUAAGUAUGUCAAAGAUAAUCGACAGAAAUUGUGGAUUUUUUUUAGACUUUAAGUGCCUUGGAGUACUUAUUUUGAGCUCCAGAAAUGUUGUUGCAAUUUUGUCAGUGACUCUUUCUGACUGUUUGAUAGCUUUGGAUGGAUAAAGGUAUGCAUCUCCAUGACAACACAGUCAAAAUUCCAUAGUGGCCUUUCUUGAAUUUCGAAAUAAACAAUGGUUACAUUUAAUAAAUAUCAAUCUCUCUGAUCAGGUUGUGUUUCGAGGCCUUCUGAAAUGUAAUUGGUUCAAAAACAGGAGAAACCUUAACCCUGCAACAGUCCUUUUGGUUUGACUUAUUUGUCGAUAUAAGCCUCAUGUUUAAUGUGAAGUUGUGGCAUCAACAGGAACGUUUUCUUUCCUCUUACAGAGUUAAUGUGCGAUGCAUUCAGUGUGUUAUGAUAACAUUGUUAUUCUGAUUGUUUGGUGUGUUUUAAGGUGCAUACUGAGAAACACUUGGUUCCAUGGAGUGUGUACGUAAAUAUGUUUAAGUCGAUCAUUUGAUUUUGUAAGAUGGAGGGGCAAAAAGCAGCAUGCUGUUAUUGACCAAAAGACUGUGUGCUCCAGUCUGUAUCAGCAAAGCUUCACAGUUGUAACUUUGACACUGUUUUUGACCGAGGUGCCACUAUGCAGCUGAAAAAAACCUCCACAUCAGUAUGGUUUUUAACUGCCUACAGUAUAAUGACUAACAUGAUUAAAAUUAUAGCAAAUACUAUAAUGUAACUACUACUGUAUUGUUUACUUUAUACAUUACUGCUUUGUUUACAACAGUUGCAAAGUAUUGUCACACUUUUACAGUUUAUUCAGAGCUCUAAUAUUGUAGGUUUGAGACACAUCAGUAUUAUCAUUGUCUGACAACAGAUUUCUGUGAAUGCUGUGCCUUCUACCUGAUCAUAUUUCUCACUUCACUAUUCCUUAGCUUUCCCUUCGACUCCCCAAAUUCCUCCACUUUUAUUUCUCUGUGUCUUUUUAUCAAAGAAGUCUCUAGCCAUUAGCUUUUACCAUCUCUUCCCCUUCCCCUUGGUCUCAUUCUUUGCUCACAUUCUUGUUUUCACAUCAAUUUAUUUCUCAAAUUCUUUGUCAGAUUUCUCUUUGCUCUUCAUCCCCUUAUGUGCUGAUCCUAAAUCAAAGACUUUAGUUAUGAGUAAUUGACAAUAACAUAACCCUUAAGUCAGUCAUUUCAAUUUUCCAGAUCUUAGGUUAUAAAAAACAUGAAUAUGUGAGUGACGGUAAUUGAUAAUUAUGUUGAAUGUUCAAAUUAAACUACCAUUGAAACUAAACUAA